AUAAGAGUGCAACACAACACUGUAAGAGCCUCAGGGGACACAAGCUGGUAACUGCUCAAGAAAGAUACCGUAAAUCAACAACCAAUGGAAUACACCAUCAUCUGUGUCUGCUGAUACACCAUCACACCAUCUGCAUGCUUACGAACACACACACGCAGAGUGUGAUGUCCGAGCCUCCUCAGUGCUGCAUCUGUCUGGAUGAGUUCAGCAGGCCCGCCUCCCUCCCCUGUGGUCACUGCUUCUGCCUGGGCUGUAUAGGGGAAUACUGGAGGAUCAGUAAGGCCUGUCAGUGUCCCCUCUGCAAGGCCUUUUUCCCCAGCAGGCCACAGCUCAAAACAGACCAAACACUGCAUGCUGGUGCCCUGAAUAAAGAGGGAGAUUUGCCAUUAAAAGCUGGAGAGGUUCUGUGUGAUUUCUGCCCAGUGAAACACAGAGCAGUCAAGUCCUGCGUGAAGUGCCUGGCCUCGUACUGUGCCGCUCAUCUGGAGCCGCACUACCGGAGUGAAGAGCUUGGGCGCCAUCUUCUGAUCAGUGUGGUGAAGAACCUGGAGGACUCUGUCUGCAGGCUGCAUGGGAAGCAGUUGAACAGGUUCUGUAGGAGUGAUCGAACAUGCAUCUGCUCCAUGUGCGCCCACACAGAACACAGGGGCCAUCACAUCCUUUCUAUCAACAAGGAAGCUACAAAGAAGAAGGUCAAACUAAAGUGGAGAAGGAUGAAACUUCAGCAAGCGAUUCAAGAGACACUGAGUAAAGUAGAGGAGGUUCAAGCGUUAGACCUCGGUGGAGGAAAUCCAAAAGAGGCAUGGGCACAAAAUAAACAGCUAAUCAAACAACUAGAGGAAGAAAUCUCGGAGCUGCAGAGCAGAAACACGGAGAUAGAGCAGCUCUCACAGAUUGAAGACGACCUCCACUUCCUGCAGUCAUUUCUACUCACUGCUUGGUCUUGGUGAAUGGACGAACAUGUGGACGAUUCACCUUAAAGAGGACAUGAACAAAGUUAUUUUUUAUUUAUUUUCUAUAAUUUAUUGAUUAUGUACAGCAGCAUAUAUUGUGGGACCAUGUGUUUGCUUAAUAGGAUUGUUUUCACUCUCUAGUUGAGGGUUAGAUUAGAGGAUCAAUACCACCCCCACAUUUGACCGUACAAAAUAAGGCUAAAGUCUGUUAGCGUAGUUUAGCAUAAAGACUAUCAAACUGUACAAAUAAUCUACAUAUCAUAAUUUCGAAUGCUCAAUAUUUCACAUGCCCAGCCUGAUGCUAGCUGCUUCCUAGCGGUUGCCAGUCUUCGUGCUACGCUAGGCUAAUUUACUGCUAAUUUACAAACACAUGUGACAGUCGUAUGGAGCUUCUCACUACCUUUCAAUCAAUAAAGUAAACUACAGGGCUAAUGUCUGCUAGCUUAGCAUAAACACUAGCAAAAUGUAACAAAAUCUACCUAUUCUCUUCAGCUUAAUAUUGAACAUGUUUAUCAUGUGUUGCUAAUGCCCCCACCCUCAUGCUAGCUGUUUUCCAGGGUUUACAGUCAUUGUGCUAAGCUAGGCUAACUGGCUGAUGGACAUAAUUAACAGACAUGUGAGACAAUGGUAUUGAUCUCCUUACCUAACGAUCCACCAGAAAGCUAAUAAGCAUAUUUCCCAAGAUGUCAACAUUUUGUUUAAACAGAGUCAUUGAAAUGUAUUCCCUGUUGAAAUGUUAAGCUCACUUUUCUUUAAAACAAGAAUAUUGAGCAAAUAAAAUAUGAAUAAUUAUUUCUACAGAGCAGGAAACCUCGAAACAACAUCAAAACAAGAACUGAACUUGAUCCAGGGUGUACACAAUAUCUUGUAUUGUUUGAAUGUAAUUCAUGUCUGGGUGAAUGAUGUGAUUUCUGGAUAAUGCAGUGCAAUCGUUCAGUGUUCAAAUGUUUAAUGUUUUUCCUUUUUUAUAUGCCUUUGGACAAA